AUGAGGUCUCAAUCCCUGGGCCUCGCUGCCCUUUCUGCCCUUGCUUUCUUCCUUACCAGUACCGCAUCGGCCAAGAGCCGCACUCGAAACCAGCGUCUGGCCGACCUCAAGUACAAGGACUUCAACUACCCGCCUCGAGUGAGCGCGCACCGCGUCAAGGAUAACCAGGUUGAUCUCGGCUACGAAGUUCACGAGGGAAAGCUGGAGAAUGACAAGUUCCUGUCCUUCAGAAAUAUCCCCUAUGCCGAGCCACCCACCGAAGAGAAGGGUGGUCGCUGGGGAGAGCCGGUUUGCCCACAAUCGGUCAGCCACGAAGUGAACACGGGCGCGGUUGACCACAAGUGUCCCCAGACUCAAUAUCUAAACUUGAGAUAUGCACAAGCGAUAGGUGUCACCUCCACCUCACCAGCGGCUCCUCAGCGAAAGUGGGUCGGGUGGGUACCCGUUGCCGAAGCUUUCCUGAAAGACUUUGCGAACACAACCAAGCUUCUCCCGGCCAAGUGGAAAAACGAAAUCGACUCACCGGACUACAACCAAACCAUGCCCGCACCCGUCCCAGGAGUUCACGAGGAUUGCUUGACUCUCGACGUGAUGGUUCCAAAGGCUGUUUGGGAGAACAGGAACAAAUCUGAUGCGACGCCUGCUGCUGUCAUUGUGUGGAUCUAUGGUGGAGGGUUCAUCUUCGGAUGGAAAGACCAAUAUGGCAGCCCGGAGGGAUUCUUCGACGCCGCCGAGGCCAACGAUCCCGAGGAUGGAAACGUCAUCUAUGUCGCGAUGAACUAUCGCUUGGGUGCUUGGGGAUGGCUCGGUGGCCCCAGGUUCAAGAGCGAAGGAGGAAUCCCGAAUCUUGGACUUCUCGACCAAAACUUCGCCAUGAAGUGGGUUCAACGUUACAUUGAAUCUUUUGGCGGAGAUCCCGGGCAAGUCACCGUGAUGGGUCAGAGUGCAGGUGCUUCAUCAAUCUUGCAUCACAUCACCGCCGGCGCUGGCAGCGAAGAAUACGCGCCAAAUUUCCAGCGAGCCAUCCUGCAGAGCGCGGGAUUCUUCCCCCAGCCCAACGCAUCGCACGAUGAUUACAUCUACUCCGAAGUCCUGCGCCUGACGGGGGCCGAGAGCCUGGCGGAGCUGAAGCAGCUCAACACCACCAUCCUCCAGGCCGCCAACGCCAAGAUGACCUACGACUCGCCGUACGGGAUCUUCAACUUCGGGCCCACGGUCGAUCUCGACUACGUGCCGGAUCUUCCCAGCAAGCUGCUCGCCGACCCGGAGAAGCGCCACAAGGGCAUCGGCCUGCUGCUCGGACACACGGCGUACGACGGCCUGCUCUUCACCCCUCCGUGGGUCCGCACGCCGGAACACCUGCGCACGCACGCGAAGAAGCUGUACCCAGGCAUCCCGCAGACCGCGCUCGCCUACACGGACGCGCACUACCCCAUCAAGCAGUUCCAGGAUAGAUUCCCCUGGCUGCCCAUCGUCGCCCAGCGGAAGAUCGUCAACGUCUCGGACUUCCUCGACGACAUCGCCAUCCAAUGCAACUCCUACUACCUCACCGAAGCCGCGCUCGAAGACCAACAGGCCCCCGUCUACCGCUACGUCUUCAACACCCUCCCCGCCGUUCACGGCUACGACACCGCCUACACCUACUACCCAUCCCCCAGCCCCUUCGGCACCGCGGACCCCACCCUCGCCAAGUUCAGCCAGGCCGCCAUCGUCAACUUCGUGCGCUCGGGUAUGCCCUUCCCCUCUUCCUCUUCCUCCUCCUCCUCCUCCUCCUCCGCCGCCGCCGCCGUCUGGCCCGCCUACACGCGCACCCACCGACGCGUCAUGAACUUCGGCGCUCCAGGCCAGGCCGCGCAGGACUUCUCGCACAGUGUCGGCCCCGACGUGCUGGAUAGGGAGAAGUGUGCGUUCUGGCAGGCGGCGCCGUAUUGGCCGGUGGGAGAGGAGAGGUUUGUGAAGCAGGAGAAUGGUGGUGAUGGUGGUAGGUAUGCAGGGUAUUUCAAGGAGGGGUUGAAGAAUUAA